GUCAAUAUGCAAAGGAAGUUAACCACAGUCCGUCCGUAUUGUUACAGUAUUUUUGCAGCAGGAGUUUGAUAGCGGUCAUGAUGAUCACUGUGCCUGGACCUGGAUUACAAAACGAUCUUCACUAAAAGCCAACCCGUAUAUGUAUUUGCGACUUAGCUGACGAUCGUGUAUUCAACAGUAUAAUUUAAUUCAACAUGACGAGUAAAAAAAGCAAAAAGCAGGAGCAGACGAAGGUGAAAUUGUUCCCAUUGAAAUUAAAGUCCUACACGAAUGAGGUAUUUCAUCUGAAAAACAUACAUCAUGACAUGUCAAUACGGGAACUCAAGAAAUCAGUGGAGUUUGUUUCCGGGAUACCAAGUCAUUUACAAAGACUGACAUAUUUAGAUGAAGGUGAUUUGACUGAUGAAACUGAUAUUAAAUAUCAUGAUAUUGUUCCUGGUGCUACAAUUCUUUUAAAUGUCUGGAAUAUGUGGAAAACUUUGGUGGAAGCUGCAGCAGAAGGUGAUUCAGAAAAGGUCUUUGCCCUUGGAGUAACCCAAGAUACUACCUACAGCACUCCCAAUUCACAGCAAAUGUACCCAAGAGCACGGGCAGCAUGGAUUGAAGAGAGAGCAUUUAUUGCACUAACAAUUGCUGCCCACAGGGGAUAUACACGUUUAGUUACCCAGCUCAUAGAUGCAGGUGCUAAUGUGCUUGAUAAGACUCCUUCAGGUCGUACUGCACUGCACAUUUCUGCCGCUCAGGGUAAGAAUAACUGUGUGGAGAUUUUACUGAACAGAGGCGCUAAGAUAGAUGACCCUGAUGAGGAUGGAAGCUCACCACUAACAAUAGCUGCUGAAUGGGGACAUAAGUCGUGUGAGAGGCAGAUAUUCCUUUACCAAUGGCAGCAGAGAGCCGCAACUCAGAAGGCAGUCAAAGACAAUGGUAAAAUGAUGGCCCACCAAGUAUUUGACUCCAAAACACCCACAUGGAUCAAAGGUGACAAAGGCCAGUUGUAUUAUGCCCAGAUUUUACCAGAGGAUGAAUUCUCAGGUACCCAUUUAAGUUCCCCUAAAAAAUUAGAUUCCCGUCCUUCAUCAAAAGAGCAGUUAAUAAGAAAUACAGAUGGAGAAUUGGAUGAUGUUGCGAGGCGAGCACGACCAAUCUCAAGGGAGUUGACAUUCUAUUUAGAGGAGGGCAUAGUACGACCCGGGAAGGAUGGAAGUAGAGAAGGUAGCGCUGUCAGUCAAAGAAGUGAUUAUACUGAAAAGAAAAGGUCACAGCAACAACAACCGGGAUUGGAAAGAUCCAAAUCAUUUGACCAAUGGCUGGCCAAGAAAAAAGCUGCUGAACAGCAUAUUAGAGACAGAAAACAAAGACAGAAAGAAGAGAAGAAACUCCAAGAGGAUGAUGAUAAAAGAGCAAAUAAUGAAAAAGAAAAAUCGUACGAUGAAUGGCUAAAGGAUCAGAAAUCAGCUGUUGGAAAGGGCCAAAGCAAUCGACCUGUGUUUGGUGGACAGCGUGGACGAUCAGCCGGACAUACGAGUCCAAUUGACAGGGGAUUUGAUUUGCUGAAAUUAAGAAAGGAGAUGGAUAUUUUCAACACUGUACCAUCUGUGUAAUACCUUUAUUUUCUCCAUUUGAAACACCUCAAAAAAAUAUUAUGAGCCAAGGAAAGUGCUAAAUGUGUUCCAUGGAAGUAUAAAUGUGAUUCUUCUAGUGAAAAUAUAGUGAAAACAUUGUUGACCCUGGUUGAAUGCCAUCCAUUUCCAGCCAAAAUUUUAGUUCAAUAUUCUGCAAAUUUUUAUUAUUUCUCUAUCAUUUGUUGGUAAAUUUUUGAUCAAUUACACAUAACUUCCC